AUGGCACAAAAAUCACCAAUCUCAGUCUUAACCAUCUCAUUAGUCUUGUUAGUACUAGCAAAUUGUUCAAAUGCUGGCAAUAUUGUGAUCUACUGGGGCCAAAAUGGCAAUGAAGGCACCUUAGCUGAAACUUGUCAUUGUGAUCCACAUAGUACUAAUGGUUGUAUUGCCUUAUCCUCAGACAUCAAUUUCUGUCGAUCUAAAGGAAUCAAAGUAUUGCUCUCUUUAAGAGGAGACAAAGGUAGCUACCCACUUGAGUCCACAGAAGAUGCAAGCCUUGUAGCAACUUACCUUUGGAACAAUUACUUAGGCGGAAACUCUUCGUCUCGUCCUCUCGGUCCUGCUGUUCUUGAUGGCAUCGACUUUGACAUCGAAGGAGGAUCGUCAAACCAACAUUGGAGUGAUCUUGCCAGGUUCCUUAAAGCGUAUAACGGGAAAAAAGUUUACAUAACCGCAGCUCCUCAGUGUCCAUUUCCUGAUGCUUGGUUAGGAAAUGCUCUUAUGUCAGGACUUUUUGAUUAUGUUUGGGUACAAUUCUAUAAUAACCCUUCUUGUGAAUACAAUAUUGGUGAGUUUAGCAGCUUUGAAGAUGCGUGGAAGAAGUGGACAUUAGAUGUACCUGUUAAGAAGAUAUUUUUGGGGCUACCGGCUUCUAUAGAGGCGGCAGGGAGUGGAUUUAUACCUGUUGAUAAUCUUACUUCAAUUGUGCUUCCGGCUAUUAAAGGUUCUGCUAAAUAUGGCGGUGUUAUGUUGUGGUCUAGGUACUAUGAUGUUCUUAGUGGUUAUAGUUCUUCCAUUAAAAGCUAUGUUUGA